CCUGUUUCUUAGGAAGCAUCUCUGUGCUUAUCAAAUUCUAUUCUAUGCUACUGCGUAGAGCAACAUGAGCGUACAUGACACGCUGCGCAGAGGACUAUCCAUGGCUGCGAAAAAUCCUUCGAUUAAGAUUAUUUUGGGUUCUUCUUCCAUGGCUCGAAGACAGAUUCUUGCUGAGAUGGGAUACGAGUUUACAAUAAUGACUGCGGAUAUUGAUGAGAAAAGUAUCAGGAAGGAAAAGCCAGAAGAUUUGGUUAUGGCAUUGGCUGAGGCGAAGGCAGAUGCUAUUGUGCAAAAGCUACUAAUUGGAAGUAACUUGGAGAAAGAUGGUCCCACCACUUUGUUAAUUACUGCAGAUACUGUUGUGGUGUACCAAGGAAUAAUCAGGGAAAAGCCAACUAGUGAGAAGGAAGCUCGGGAAUUCAUCAAAGGAUAUUCUGGUAGCCAUGCAGGUGUUGUAGGAUCUGUUAUGGUUACUAACCUCGUCACUAGAAAGCGCUCUGGGGGAUGGGAUAGUGCAGAGGUUUAUUUCCAUGAAAUACCAGAUGAGGUCAUUGAUAAUCUGAUUGACGAUGGAGUUACAUUUAGAGUUGCUGGCGGUUUGAUGCUGGAACAUCCACUCACAUUACCAUUUGUAGAUGCAGUGGUUGGUUCAACUGAUACUGUGAUGGGACUUUCCAAAGACCUAACAGAGAAACUCUUACUGGAAGUUCUAUAGCUGCUGCAAUCAUGUGAAUCGUGUUCCAAUUGAUGUAAUUGCUAAGAUUACUGCAACCAUAUUCAAAUGUUUGAAUUGAUGUGAACGAUUCAUGUAGUUCAAAGUAUAGGCAAGAAGGUGCAAGACCUUUCUGAAUGUGCAAUUUUCAAUCACAAUAUGUAAUAGUAUAUUAUUUAACUUCUGUGCUUCAUUGCUUCGUACUUUUUAGCAAUGCCAUGUAUGUGUAA